AUGCACGGAUGGCUGCGUCCGAUGGCGCGGGGCCUGCGAACGAGCGCGGUACUUGCGCGUGCGACGCCGACGAAUGCGCCGGCCAGCUCGCCGUACCUGAUCUUUGACCGCGACGUAAAAGAGCGGCAGCGCUCGCGUGCGGCGGUGCGUGCGCCGGUCAACGAGCACGGGCAAUUCGACGUGGCAAAGCGUGGCGAGCCGUCGCGCCUCACGGACUAUGUGCGAGAUAUGGCCGCAGAGAGCCUGGCCGAGCGCCUGCUUGACAUCAAGCGUGCGUAUCCCACGAUUGUCGAGCUUGGCGCCGGCGCAGGGCACCUGCGCAAGUUUUUGGACGUGCCAGGCACGGGCGUCGAGAAGCUGAUUAUGUGCGACACGAGCGCCGAUAUGCUGAACCGCGACCGUGACGACGACGCCAAGUACCCCUUUGCGAUCGAGCGGCGUGUCGUGGACGAGGAGAUGCUGCCCUUUGAAGAAAACUCGCUGGACUGCAUCAUUGCGAGCGGGAGUCUGCACUGGACGAACGACCUGCCUGGCGCGCUGAUCCAGAUCCAGCGUGCGCUCAAGCCUGACGGCGUGUUCCUCGGCUACAUGAUGGGCGGCGACACGCUCUUUGAGCUGCGCUCGAGCCUGCUGGUCGCCGAGCAGGAGCGCCACGGCGGCCUCUCGGUGCACGUCUCGCCCAUGACCGAUACACGCGACGUGUCGUCGCUGCUGACACGCGCCGGCUUUACCCUGCAGACGGUCGACCUGGACGAGGUGACGGUGCACUACCCCGGCCUCUUUGAGCUGCUCGAAGACCUGCGCGACAUGGGCGAGAGCAAUGCGGUGAUCAACCGCCGCGCAUACCUGCGCCGCGACACGCUCCUCGCGGCUGCCGCGACGUACGAGGCGCUGCACGGCACGCCGGAAGGCCACCUCCCGGCGACCUAUGCGCCGAUCUUUAUGAUCGGGUGGAAGCCGUCGCCCGACCAGCGCAAGCCGCUCGAGCGGGGCAGCGCGUCGCACUCGCUCAAGGAUGUUUUGUAG